AUGGAACGUGCCGGCAAACAUAACGACGACGACAACGACGAUGAAGAGAGAGAUGAUUCCAGCCAGGAGAAUUUAGCUAAAUUGGUCGUUCUAUUAUUACAACACCUAUUAUCUGAUAGAAGUAGUGAUUGUGAUGAUCCGGAAUAUCAUCGAGUUUCCUGUGACGGAUGUGGUAUAAAUGGUUUUAAAAUUGAUCGAUAUAAAUGUUUAAAAUGUGAAAAUUUUGAUCUAUGUGCAAGAUGUUUUGACAGACGAAAAGAAAGUGCUCAACAUAAAAGUGGUCAUCCAAUGGCACAUUUCAAAUUACCAAAUGAACUCUUUGGUAAAAAAUAUGAUAAUUACAAAGAUGUUACUAUGACAAAUUUACAGAAAGAAUAUGCAGAUGAAGUUAAUACUAAUAUUUAUUGUGAUUUCUGUAGGAAAGACGAUUUCAAAGGUCUAAGAUUUAAAUGUGAUACGUGUCCAGAUUAUGAUCUUUGUCAACAAUGUGUUGAUAAUGGAAAAACAAAUAAAGGUCAUAAAUCGGAUCAUCCGAUGAUUGUUGCACACAAUGCAUCCCUUUCACAAAUCGAUAGGAGAGAUAUUGAUUAUGAUGAGGAUGAUUUUCUGGGUGGGGGAGCUUUUGGUAAAGUUUAUAAAGCUAAAUGGCUAUCAAAAAACCUGACCGUGGCUUGUAAAGUAAUACAUGCAAGGGCUGAAACUGCAAAAACAGACGUAAAAGCUUUUUUAAAAGAAUUAGCUGCAUAUAGAGAGCUAUCUGAAUAUCUUGAUAAAGGUAGUUUGACGCGUGUCAUUUAUAAGGAAAAUGUUUCUUUACGUCGUAAACUGGAGAUGGCUUUAAAUAUUGCUAGUGGUAUGCGUAAGAUACAUCAGCAUGGAAUGAUACAUCGUGAUAUUAAACCUGAUAAUAUUCUUGUUACAUCUCAUUACACUGCUAAAAUUGGAGACAUGGGUAUUGCACGAGUUUUGGAUCCAAAUGUUGCAAUAACUCACAUUGGUCCACAGCAGUUCAUGCCACCUGAAUUCCAAACUGGUGAAUAUGAUCAAAAAUUAGAUGUUUAUACAUUUGGAUUAACACUCAAUGAACUAUUCACUGAAACGAAACACAAGUUUGAUAUAUUUACUGGAAGAAAGACAUUAACAACACAAAGUCCAAUUCUCUCAGAACUAAUCACCCGUUGUAUCGAUUCUGAUCCAAAACAACGUCCAACAGCAGUUGAAUUAGAAAGAACUUUGAAAACAUACUAUCAUGGCUUCAACGAAANAUAUGAUCAAAAAUUAGAUGUUUAUACAUUUGGAUUAACACUCAAUGAACUAUUCACUGAAACGAAACACAAGUUUGAUAUAUUUACUGGAAGAAAGACAUUAACAACACAAAGUCCAAUUCUCUCAGAACUAAUCACCCGUUGUAUCGAUUCUGAUCCAAAACAACGUCCAACAGCAGUUGAAUUAGAAAGAACUUUGAAAACAUACUAUCAUGGCUUCAACGAAAUUGUUUUGAAACUACACUCAAGUUAUAUGCUAAUGCCAUACGACAAGAGGAAUGAGAUGUUCAUGGCAUUCUACAAACAAUUCCAUCCAAUAGCUAAGAAAGAAAUUGAGAAAAUAUUUCCUCUUCCACCAAGAUCAGUAACAAAUGCAGCUGCAGGUCGAAGUCAAACGACAGACGCAGGAAGGAGAGGAGAAGCUGCCACAAAAGUAGAUCUAGCAAGGUUACAAGAACUAUUAUCAUCAUGUAAAACUCAAUAG